AUGUCGUCCAAGGUGGUGGCCAAGGCCGCCGGUGGCGUCAUGUCCAUCUCCAAGAAACAAACCCUCCAGUCCACGGGCAUCUGGGAGACGGUGCGCAAGGCCUUCGCCAUCGACCCGGACCGCUCCAGCGGCGUGCCCCUCAACCCGUGGUACCGCAACCCGCCGCCCGGCUCCAACGACCCGCUCGCCUACGACGACCCCGUGACGAUCCCCGCGGGCGACAUCGCCGACAACCCCUACUGGAAGCGCGACCACCGCCGCUCGUACCCGAAGCUCAGCGUCAUGGGCCAGGGCGACGUCGUGCAGCUCCUGACGGUGGGCAGCGCGGCGGCGCCCAAGCUCGAGCUCAUCGGCGAGGCUGGCCAGAAGCAGCUCGUCGCGGCCAAGCAGGAGGGCGAGACGCUGGGCCUGGCCAAGGCGCUCGAGAAGGCUGCGCCCAAGGACGUGGCCAAGGACGUGUUCGUGGACGGCCUGCCGCCGCUGCCGAGCGGACAGAGCCUGACGUCUGGGGCGUGGGACGUGCACAAGUACGAGCUGACGGAGGAGAACUCGUAUCCUCAGGGAUAUCCUUGCCGGACGUUCCAAUAG